AUGAAGUCCACAACCACCAUCCUCCUAACCCUCCUCUCCGCCACCCUGGCCAUCUCAACCGCAGUGCCAUACCCCAAGCCCCCCAAGUGCGGAACCUGCAAUCCGAUCUCCGGCCAGAACAGCUGCGACAUAACCACCUCGUGCAUCAACACGGGUUCAACCUUCCACUGCGCCUGCCGUGCCGGUUACAAGGCCUCCCAGCACAACCUCAACAUCAACAACCAGUUCCGCCUGCCGAUGAACGAAUAUGAAUUCCUCGUCUUUGUGCCCGAGGAUACUGUAUGCAACACUCUUUGUGAUAACCCGUGGGCGGCCCCCAGUGAGAUCUGCCAGGAGGUUAAGCUUUAUGAGCAUUGCGCUGUUUAG